ACCAGUUUAGUAGGAUUAGACAUCAGCGGCCAUGGACUAUAAAAGCAAGACAGGACCAGACGGGAUGUACGGCAGCAGCUCCACACGGCUACAGAGCGACAUCCAGAGAUUCACUGCUGACUAACAGACACACCAACACAGAGGCAACAUGAGAGCUGUCGCAGCCUUUCUGCUGGUGCUGUGUUACCUGGCCGUCACUCACGCCUGGCGCUGCAGUGAGGGUCCACGGCUGUACAAUGCCAGGCAGAUCGAUGCUGGACAGGGGAAAGUGAUUGCAAGAGACACAUCUGGCUAUGUGUACUUCUUGAUUGGAUCGUCCUGGCACAGAAUGACCACAAUUAGAUUCAAUCAUGCCUCAAUUGGACCUGCAGGGCUUUGGGCAACAAGUACCAGUGGGAACAGGGUCUACAAAUACAUAGCUGGCAACUUUGCUGUCUCCAGUGGUUUGUCUAUGCGGCAGGUGGAUGCUGGAGGUAAUGGUCAGGUCGUGGGAGUGACCAGCUCCUCCGCUGCCUACUGUCUGAGAAGUGACUUGGCCUCGAGCUACAAGGGAUCUGGCUCCCUGAGCUGGAGCAACCUGUCGAGGGUCUUGAAGUACAUCAGCUGCGGAAAGUACGGAUGCUGGGGAACCGACACAAGCCAUCGGAUCUACUUCUCACAGACCUUGUCGCCAACCACCUGUGGCAACAGUCGCUGGUCACAGAUUUCUGGGUCUGCAGUCAUGGUUGAAGUGGGGACAGAUGGAAGCGUCUUCGUGGUGAAUAGUUCAGGGCAGCUCUACCAGAGAUCGGGCAUCAGCAGUCGCAGCCCUCAGGGUACGUCUUGGACAACAGUCUCAAUGUGCAUGCCAGUCCGCCAUGUUUCCUACGACCUGGGCAACCUCUGGGUUGUGACCACCUCUGGCUUGCUCAUGAAGUGCACACACUAAUGUGGAAUGCACGCUCACUGUCCUCAGUGUCCGCCAAUCUCUGUUCCGUCACGGAGGAUUAUAUCAUUAUGAAUGAUUUUUUUUCUUAAUGGCAAAGCUGUGGUGUAACUAUUCAUCUCUCUUCCUUUUAUCAGGCUACUGCUUAUUCUGACAACAGGGAACAUUAAGACUUAAAGAUAUGUAAAAAAAAAAAAAAAAAAGUAUUCUUUUGCAAUAGAGUAGCUACAGUGAAGAAAAUACUUUAAAUUACAUUAAGCAAAUGACUUUUACAGGGUGACAGGAAAAGACAACACUUUGAAAAUCACCUCUUAGAAACUGGAUACUUAAGGAUCUCAGGCAUGUA